AUGUUGGGAGUCACAAACGCAGUAGAAACUUUAAAACCUCAAUUCAUCUUCACAUUCGAUCAAUAUAAACAAUUGCAGUUCGCCACUAUUAUCUGUGGGUCACUCAGUCUUCUUGCUGGGAUCCUUGUAUUACUUGUUUAUUGUUAUAUGGUGUAUAUUCAACCUCGAGAUGCAAAUCGGGUUUCGUUACAUUGUGUAAUAGCUUCGAUUAUGCUUUCUAUGCUUGAACAUGUGCUCAAUAUAGCAUCACUGUACACGAACUAUAAUGCCCAAUUUUGUAAAGCUUUUCGUUACCUAGAUGGCAUCCUCCCACUUAUAACCCCUUGUCUUUUGGGCAUGGUGGGUGUUCAUUUCUUGUUGGUAUUUUAUUUCCAUGUACAUACAUGGCCAUGUCGACCUGAAUAUAUCUUGAUACCUAGUGCUGUUAUUUAUGCUAUCAUUGGCAAUAUAUAUUCUUUUGUAUAUGAUAAUUCACCUCAUGAAUUUCAUACCUUAUUUUUCCCAUUAGCCCACCAAUGCUGGUAUUAUACCAAUUUCAUUGAUCGACUUUUUAAUCCUGUGAUUGCCAUGUUAACUUUAUACCGAGAUAAUAAGAAAAAUCAUGCUCAUCUGGCCAAGAUCGCCAAUCAUAAUCGCGAUGAACAAUUAUCAUUAUCAUCAACAUCAUCACACACUUCAUCAAGAAGAAAAACCAAUCGUCUUCCAUGUUUCGUAAAUAUCUGGGGAUUUGGACUACAAAUGCAUUUACAAAAUCCAGAUCAUUUGGCUAAUUUCGGUAUUUCUAUGAUGGAUACUGUUCUCAUUCGUUUGGAAGGAGUAUUUAUAGCAUUGAUCUUUUUCAGUGAUCCUACUGUGGGUUCCAUUGUGAAAAAGAUCUUUCAUCUGGUGGAUGAAUUAUUGGCUUUUGGGACAGCAAUAUCAAAACCUUAUACUAUUGAACUGGGACAAUCUCAAGAAAGUGCCUUAAAACGAUAUCAAAACACACAUAUUCUGAACAUUACUCUGAAACCAUUAUAUCUACUUUUGGAUAUCACCAAGUCAUUUUUGACAAGCCUGAAAUGGAGCAGAUGA